AUGGGGGCCUCCCCUGCUCCUCCUCCUCCUCCUCCUCCUCCUCCUCCUCCUCCUCCUCAUCCUCCUCCUCCUCCUCCUCCUCCUCCUCCUCCUCCGUCUCUCGCUACUGCAGCUGCCGCUGAGGGAGGCCUCCCCUGCUCCUCCUCCUCCUCCUCCUCCUCCUCCUCCUCCUCCUCCUCCUCCUCCUCCUCCUCCGUCUCCCGCUACUGCAGCUGCCGCUGA